AUGCCGGUAGCACACGAGUUCAAGGCGUUCGCGAGCAGUUCGAACAUCCUCCUCGUCACAAAAGUCCUCACCAUCUCGUCGAUCGGUAUCUUUGCAGGCACAUCCCUCAACUACAACCUCAUCGUCAUGCCCUCCCUCCGCAAGUUUGCCUCUGCCUCCUCCCUCGCCGUCUGGGCCGAGAUGUCCCUCCUCGCCAAACCGCUGCAGAUAACAACAACGGUGCUGAGUGCCUUGGGCGGACUAAUCCUCUUCUCCAAGACAUCAAACCCUUACUACCUCUACUCCGCCAUCCUCAUGACCUCCCUCAUCCCUUACUCACGCAUCCUCCUUCUCCCCAUCAACAACAAGUUGCUCGAGAUCCGGAAACAUGGUGGGAGCGAUCGACCGGUUGAGGAGAUGUUGAUCCGGUGGGACGCACUGCAUUUUGGGAGGACGGUGAUUAGUUAUGGGGCGUUGGUUUUGAUGCUUUAUGGGGCGUUGAGGGGACCUUCAGGGCGUGUUGGGGGUGUUUUGUUGAAGUAG